AUGUCAGGAAGAGCAAUCUCUUUGCUGCAUUCGGGCGAUAGGAUAGGCGAAGGCGAGUGCGACCUUGUUCUGGACUUCCUGCCACCGAAUCUUGCUACCUUGGCAUUCGAACAAGUGCGUCAGGAAGUCCGAUGGCACACGAUGUCGCACAGAGGUGGUGAGGUUCCACGACUUGUCGCCGUCCAAGGUCAGGUCGAUGACGAUGGCAGCUAUCCCAUCUAUCGCCAUCCUGCAGACGAGUCACCCCCUCUUCUAUCGUUCUCUCCCGUAGUUGAGCGUAUCCGGCAGCACGUACAGGAUGUGCUGCAACAGCCCGUCAAUCAUGUCCUCAUCCAGCACUACCGGAGCGGCGCCGACUUCAUUUCGGAGCAUUCUGACAAGACGAUCGACGUGGUGCGUGGCUCGCGUAUCGUCAACGUAAGCCUCGGUGCGCAGCGCACGAUGACCCUGCGAACAAAGAAGGACAAUCUGUACUCGGAUAAUAAGAGUCGUGCUGUGCAGCGCAUCCCACUACCCCACAACUCGAUGUUCGUGAUGGGACUCAACACAAACAUGUGCUGGUUACACGCGAUUCGUCACGAUAAACGACCUCAGCAAGAGAAGACGGAAGCAGAGCGUUUCGCAAAUGGAGAACGCAUCAGCCUGACGUUCCGCCACAUCGGCACGUUUCUGACACCUGGGGAAAAGCUGAUCUAUGGGCAGGGUGCAAGGGGAAAGACUCGGAGCGAGGCGCACCCCGUCGUUCUUGGUGGCGUUGAGGCACAGAAGCUUCUCGAGGCGUUUGGGCUGGAAAAUCAUUCAAGUGACUUCGAUUGGGGAACUACGUAUAGCGAAGGCUCUGAUGUGCUGCAUUUCAAGUUGCUUGAGGAUUCUUGCAAUCACAACGGAUGA